UUUCCAGUACUUGGAGCGAGCGUCUCAGUUUGGUGGUCAGAAGUGUGUGCACACUCAGUGGGACGAAAGACAAUGUCCAGAAGAGGGCGAGUGUCAGCUGCAAGACAACCACUGUGGGGACAUGUUUGCAUGUGGGCCCCAAGGACGCUGUGUUGGACAGCAGCUCCGAUGCAAUGAUGAAAUAGACUGUGUGAAUCACAAAGAUGAAACUGACUGUGAAGUGAUAAACAGAAGAGAAACCAAAUGCACCGGCAUGCUGACUAUACCAGGAGCUGAAAAAGCCACUCAAGGAUAUAGUGCUUUAUCUGGUGAUUUUAUGAAUCAUGUUCUGGACCCAGCAUACUUUGGAGGCGUUUGUGAAUACAUCUAUAAUGGGGAGUGGCGCAAACUCACAUACGAUCCUUUCUGUGAACGCCUCAGUUAUGAUGAUGCUGAAAAAUAUUACCGGAAACCUCACAACUUCCUCUCAUAUCAAAUAAUGGCACAAGCGACUACCAAGGAAGCAUCAGAUUAUUAUGAGGAUGCUGUUAGCUUUCUCAAGGCAAGGCAGAGAGAAAUAUCCUUUAACGUUGGUGUGACGCUGAGAGUCGCUUUUGUGGAAGUUGGUGUGGAACUUAGUGCUGAAUUCAAGUUUCUGCGCAACAUAUCACAAUACACUAAUAAGGAGGUGGGCUUUGUCAGGCUGUUGUCAACAGUGCAAACAGCUCAGUUUAAGAUGAGAAGCAGAGACUUGAUUCUGGACGAGGACAUGCUCUGGGCUCUGGGUGAUCUGCCUGAUCAGUAUGAUUUUGGUGCAUAUUCCCAGUUUUUCAAUGAAUAUGGCACACACUAUGUCACGGAGGGUACCAUGGGUGGAGUCCUGGAUUAUGUUGCUGUUGUGAGCAAGAAUGCCAUGCAAAGAAAUGAAAUGACUGGGUUACAAAUCGGAGCAUGCCUUGGUGCAUCUUUGGGACUGACACUCGAACAGAGUACAACAAUUUCAGUAAAAGGAAAAGCAUGUGGAAAAAUUGCAGCAAAGAUAUCGACUGACGAUAAGUCCAGCAGUGCUAUUGAGGAUGUGUUGGGCUUUGUAAAGGGUGGACACACCGGCUCCAGCACUGGAAGUUUGGCUAUCAAAGAUGCCAAAAGUUACCAGGACUGGGGAAAGAGUCUCAAAUACAACCCUGCGCUAAUUGAGUUUGAGGUGCAUUUGUUGCCCCAUCUGAAGAUGGCAUGGGAAGAGUACAUGCAGAACUUCAACCCGUGUCACUGCGCCUCCUGUAAGAAUAAUGGCGUACCUGUGCUCUCCAGGACAGACUGCAGUUGUAUAUGUAAAAAUGGUUACAGAGGUGAUGCCUGUGAGGAGACGGAAAGAAAAGGUCCUACACAUGGAGACUGGAGCUGCUGGAGCUCCUGGUCCAAAUGUGUGUCUGGAACAAAGACACGUAAACGGGAAUGCAGUAACCCCCCGCCAAAAGAUGGUGGCCUGGCUUGUCAAGGAAGCAGUAAUCAGAAGAAACGUUGCUAAAAUCUAAAUACUCAUGUUGACAGUGUCCUGUAAUUUUAUACUAGCAUAAUGCCACUUCUGUCUGCUGGUUUGGGUUUACCUUCACCAGGUAAUGUUGUUCAAUUUAGUUAAAAUAUGUUACUUUUUUGGAUGACCUGAUUUCAAGUCCCGACUUGUGGUCCUUUUCCGGUCAUGUUCCCCUCGUUCCUCUUCAAUUGCUGUCUCUCUCUCUAUACUGUCAUAUCAACAUGAAGGCAGAAAAGCACAUAGAUAUAACCUGAAAAAUAAAAAAUUGUUACAUUUUAAGGAAACGUUCACUUA